UAUGCGAGUUGUCGCGAUAACUUCCUGCUUUGAAGUCAGAAAUUCAGCACAACGAUGACUCCCCUCAUCCUCACGAGUAAAACAAGAAUAGCCGGUCUCUGCUUCACUCAGUAAGCGUCGCGCACGGUGGUGCGCAUGCGCGAGUGUGGUGGCGCCAUGAAGGUAAAGGUGAUCUCCAUCCUUGAGGAUAACUACAUGUACCUGAUCAUAGAGGAGCAGACUAAACAGGCGAUAGCGGUGGACCCUGCUGUACCUCACCGGCUGCUUGAAAUUGUCAAGAGAGAGGGCUUGUCUCUGACGUCUGUUCUCACCACACACCAUCACUGGGACCAUGCUCGUGGGAACGAGUCACUGCUGAAGGAGGUUCCUGGACUGAGGGUGUUUGGGGGAGAUGAUCGGAUUGGGGGUCUGACUGAUAAAGUUAUCGACGCUCAGGAACUCAAGUUUAACUCAAUCAAUGUGAGAUGCCUGUUUACUCCCUGCCAUACCUCUGGUCACAUGUGCUACUUUGUGUGGGAGGAUGAGUGCACUGACGCCCCUGCUGUGUUCACAGGGGAUACGCUUUUUAUUGGUGGAUGUGGCCGGUUUCUUGAGGGUACGGCAGAACAGAUGUACCACAAUCUGAUCCAGGUUCUGGGCUCCCUUCCUCAAGACUCGAAGAUAUUCUGUGGACACGAGUAUACCAUUAAGAACCUGAAGUUUGCCAUGCUGGUUGAACCAGAGAACGAGAAGGUUAAGGAGAUGCUCAGCUGGGCCAGGGCAAGAGAUGAUGACGACAAACCCACUGUGCCAUCUACCCUAAUGGAGGAGUUUGAUUACAACCCCUUUCUUCGCCUCUCGGAGGAAGGAGUGCAGAAGUUCACAGGAAAGACCGAUCCCAUCGAGGUGCUGAGGGUCCUUCGAAAGGAGAAGGACAAGUUUAAGAAGCCAAAGGAGAGACUUCCUCCCCACGCCAUGCUGGCUUUGGAGUGGGGGCUUCUACGACCCUGAGUUCCAUUUUCAGAGCUUGCGUCAUCUGUCAUCUAUCUGCUAUAUAGCAUCUAUCAAGGAGGUAAAAGUUUGAAUGCCUGCAGAGUCGGGCUGUGUGUAUACUUUCCAGUGGUUCUUUUUUCCAACUUUUGCAGUUGAAUGCUAGAUAACUACAAAUAAUUUACUAAAGACUUAAGUGUCUGUCAAUGAGACAGCAUUUAAGACAGGUAGCCUAUAUGAUAAAGUUAGAAACUCCGCCACAUGGGCAGAAAAAGACAAGUGAGUACAUGAUUAUAAAUGUAACUUACUGCUUUCUCUCUGGACUUAACCUCGUCUCUUUGCCAAAUAAUAAUUGUACGACAGAAUCAAGAUUCAAUAAAACAUAUCAGUCUGAAUCUA